CGACGGCGGUCGGCCUCUCGGCGUUUCGCUCUUCUGGAGGAAAUAGCGUCCACCCGGAACAUUGAUCCCGGUUAUACACACGGUACUUGAUGCUGGCGAAGAACGAAUAGCCCGGCGAAUUGUCGAUGCGUGCAAGAAAUUUGCUCUGCGUGACAGGAAAGUCGGGUGGAAGUUGACUCGAAGUCAUGCCCGCCCGGACCUCCUGCUCUCUGCGGCGCAAGGCAGUCAUGUACUGGGCGAGGAGCUGCUCGACGGUGCUGAUGGAGUCGACGAACGUGCCAUUGGGACGCGGGAAGCGACUGACGAGGAGAGUCAUCUGGGAUGGAUCGGGAGGGUGGCUGGAGGAUGGGAGGCUCGGUGUGGGCUGUUCUGCAUCGCUGCGAGCGCGGGAUAUAAAACAGAAACUGGUGCGCUAUGGCCCUCGAGACUGCCCGCCAGAUUGGGAAAUGGGCUAUCCGCUCACGUACUAACCUGUCAAAAUCAGCCAAAGCGCGAAGAAAUAAACAAUGUG